AGUUCACUUACCUUCGGAUCACUGGAGGUUUGAACCGUUCCAAAACGAGCAAAAUACCUGGGGACUGUGAAGCCAACAUGACCAGUGGGUGCUGUGUACUUGCCCUAUUUUCCCUCCUCCACGUCUCACUGAGUGUGGAAAUGACAGGGCUAUAUGGCAGCUUCACCUCCCCCAACUACCCCCAGCCAUACCCUGACAACCAGCUCAGAGUGUGGAACAUCACCGUCCCGGAUGGCCACAGGGUCAAACUCUACUUCAGCCACUUCAGCAUGGAACCCUCAAACCAGUGUGACUAUGACUACAUCCAGGUGUUGGCUGAGGGGAAUGAAACCGUGCGGUUCUGUGGCGAGGAAGAGAAGCACCAUGACAGCACCCCGAGGAACACCAUCAUCCUCUCAGCCGGGAACCUCAUGUCAGUGAUCUUUAGGAGCGACUACUCUAACGAGGGACGAUUCACAGGCUUCCGAGCAUUUUACAAGGCGGAAGACAUCGACGAGUGUCUGUCCAAGAUAGAUGGGGAAAGUGUGUGUGAUCAUUUUUGCCACAAUUACAUCGGCAGAUAUUACUGCACGUGCAGACAAGGAUACCUUCUCCAUGACAACAGAAGAUCCUGCACAGUGCCGUGCCACAGCCAGCUGUUGACCUCGCCAUCGGGGGUCCUGACCAGUCCGGGCUACCCGAGGCCCUACCCACCCAUGAGCCAGUGUGACCACACCAUCCGUCUGCAGGAGGGCUCCAGAAUAAUUCUGCACUUCCUGGAACCCUUUGACAUCGAGGGACACUCAGAUGUCCCUUGUCCAUAUGACAUGUUGAAGAUUUCAACAUCUGGACAAGAGUAUGGGCCCUUCUGUGGAUCAGUGCCACCAGGUCGCAUCGACACAGCAAGUUACCAAGUGCAUGUUGCGUUUAGAUCCGACCCUAGUGGGAAAAACAAGGGAUGGAAAAUCAUGUACACCAGUAUCGAGGCUGAAUCCUGAUGGCUUGUUGACGUGAGCAUUGUUUGUGUACUAAUACGCUAUCUGAACAUUUGACAUAGUGGCUUUUUACGUAGCAAUUUAACACAACCACGAGGAAGAUUGGAUAUUAUAUUUGGGCACGAGGCUUGCAGAAUAAUUAUUGUAAUGCUACCUUGUUAUGACAUUACAAAAUUAUUCAUUGGUUGCAUUUCAUUUCUAAUCUAGUUUUUAUCUGAUUGUUUUUUUUCUUUGUCUGGUGAUGCUGCCAUAAUCUCAGAAAAAAAGCACGAUCCCCUUUUAAUCACUUUUUGUAUUCGGUGUUUCAUUGUUUUGUUAUGUGUGAAUUAAAGCAUAACUCAAAGGACA